CUUUUUAUAAGCGAAGUCUGUGUAUUUCUCGUCCUUGAGGCUACAGAGAUCAUAUAUGGCAGUCUCAGGCAGGUGGUGGUGGUGGUGGUUCGCGGUGUUGAUCAUGGUGGUAUCAUUAUCAGAGCCUGCGUUGGCUAACCCACAAACCUACCAACUAGCUAAAGGUUGCAGCCCGUACAAUACUAGCGAUCCACCUGAAGAUUUUGUGAGGAAAAUCAACGCCACCUUCGCUCAUCUCAGAAACCAAUUCUCCAGAGGCAACAAAAGCUUUGCCACCGCCGAGCAUAUUCCUAUCUAUGCAAUGGCACAGUGUAGAAACUACCUCUCCAAGCCUGACUGUGUCGCCUGUUUCGAUGCCGCCGUGUUAGUAUCCCGACAAUGCUCCAUCGCCACCGGUGCUCGUGUCAUAUUUGAUGGCUGCUUCCUCAGGUACGAGAUGAAUGACUUCUACAAUAAGAUUACAGAUGAAGGAAACCGUCAAAUUUGUGGCAAACGAACUGCCCACAAUCAAGAUGUUUUCAAUACCACAGCACAACAACUACUAAAUGAGCUUGUACUCGCAACGCCCAGAAUUCAUGGCUUUUUCGCUGCAGCAAAGCAGGAGAUCUCUGGCGGUGGUGCUACCGCCUAUGCGGUGGCACAAUGUAUUGAAACAAUCACCCAAACUGGCUGUAUGGAAUGCUUGGCAAUCGCUUACAGUAACAUACAGAAUUGUUUACCAAAAUCUGGUUCUGGAAGAGCUGUUGACGUAGGGUGCUUCUUGAGAUACUCAAACAAACAUAUCUUUGCAAAUAACCAGACAACUAACCUAGCACCAUUCCUAGGAGGAGGAGGGAGAUCAGGAAAAAAGAAAGCUAUUAUUGCGGGUGUAGCCGGUGGUGUAGGAAUCAUUUUGGUUUUAGCAGCGCUUUUCCUUUACCAACAAUCAAAAAAGCCCAAGGCAGCAAGAAGAGGGGAUAUAUUGGGGGCAACUCAGUUGAGAGGUCCAGAGAACUACGGAUAUAAAGAUCUGAAAACUGCAACCAAAGGAUUUAGUGAAGAAAAUAAACUGGGUGAAGGAGGUUUUGGUGAUGUAUACAAGGGCACACUAAAGAACGGGGAUGUGGUUGCAGUAAAGAAACUGGUGAUUUCCAGUAGAGCAAAGGCAGACUUUGAUAGUGAAGUUAGGCUUAUUACAAAUGUCCAUCAUCGCAAUCUCAUUCGUCUAUUAGGAUGCUCUGCCAAAGGAGAAGAGCUGCUACUGGUUUAUGAAUACAUGGCAAAUGCCAGCCUUGACAGAUACAUGUAUGGAGAUAAAAGGGGGAUGCUGAAUUGGAAGCAACGAGUUGAUAUAAUAUUUGGUACAGCUAGGGGUCUUGCGUAUCUCCAUGAGCAGUUUCAUGUAUGCAUCAUACACAGAGACAUAAAAUCCAGCAAUAUACUACUUGAUGAUGAAUUUCAACCCAAAAUUGCUGACUUUGGUUUAGCAAGGCUUUUACCUGAAAAUCAGAGCCAUGUUAGCACCAAAUUUGCAGGGACUUUGGGAUAUACAGCGCCAGAAUAUGCAAUUCACGGCCAUUUAUCAGAGAAAGUUGACAUCUACAGUUUCGGAGUUGUCGUCUUGGAGAUCCUUAGUGGGCGAAGGAGCAGUGACAUGCGAGUUGAACCUAUUACUGAGUAUCUCCUUGAACAGGCUUGGAAACUGUACGAGAACGAGGACUGUCUAGGGCUGGUGGAUAAGACUUUAGACCCGAGUGAGUACAAUGCAGAAGAAGUGAAGAGAAUGUUGGAGAUUGCAUUGGUGUGCACCCAAUCACCCCCAAAUCUAAGGCCAAGCAUGUCAGAAGUGGUGAUCAUGCUUUCAAGUGAUCGUCCAAUCUUUCAAAACAAACCAAACAGGCCAUCCAUGAUUAGUGAUUUCGAUCAGAGGGUACUCACAGCCACAGACACUUCAGCCACUACAGCAUCAUCCACUUCUCAUGCCACCGCUUCAUUUUCUGGAUUCUCUGGCCGUUAAACUUUUUAUGAAAUCUGUUUUUAUUAUUACAUUGUAGCUUGCUUGUGAAGAUGCUUGGAUACAAUUAUGUAAAUAUUAUGCAUGCCCAGACAUAACCGGUUAGCUUGGAGCAUUCAGAGUAACGGUAGUGUAUCUAGAGUUGUAAUCGUAAGAGCGGUCAGAUUUGAUUAAAGUAAAUAUCUGGUGAGAGGAUACUCUCUCACAAACUCCAUUCUAUCA